UGGAACUUUUUCAAACGCCCAAUGCCAGAGAUGAAAGACUUAUAUCAUUUCAUGUCUGGACUGUUUAUCGUGUUGCUUCUCCUUGGGCAUUAUUCAUACAGGACUUAUCAUUUGGUUUAGCAACUUUUUAGCUAAAGAAAACCAUGGCCUCUUGGUUCUCUUGCAGAAAACCAUCUGUGCCAUUCCUGGUUUUUAUGAUAAGCAUACUCUAUAUGUUUCUUUUGGGAUCACCUCAAUGUUUAGAGAAAGAAGUAGCAGCUCUUUUGGAAUUCAAGGCCUCCCUCGUUCAUCCCAAUAAAUCCACGGAAGCUGAAGCCAUCAGAUUCUUGGAUUCAUGGAAGGGAUUGGAUUGUUGUGCUUGGAAUGGUGUCACGUGUUGCGACAUGGACUACACUAAGUGUGAUUCCACUAGCUCUAUGGCGAAUCGGGUGGUCGGUUUGGAAGUUUUUUCACGAUCUGAUUUUGGGAGAGGAGAUCUUAACGUUUCUUCGCUUGUUAGGAUUGAACACUUACAAUCACUCAUUCUAGAGGACUGCAACAUGGGUGGCUUCUUGCCCAUCAAAGAGCUUUCAAAGCUGAAAAAGCUCCAGGGAUUGAAUUUAAAGUCAAAUUUUUUCGCUGGUACACUGCCUGUAGAUAUAGGUUUGCUAUCAUCCCUAAAGUAUCUUAACUUGCAUGGCAAUGAACUUACUGGAACAAUACCCUCUUCUUUAAAAAACCUUUCCCAUCUUGUAAAUCUUGAUUUAAGCAAUAACAAAAUUUUUGACAAGAUGCCCCCAUGGUUUGGUAGUCUACCAUCUCUUAUUAUACUUGGUCUAAGCAAUAACAAACUACAGGGGAGCAUACCUCAUUCCUUGGGGAAUUUGUCCUCCCUUGUAGAACUCUCUCUCAGAGACAAUCACCUUACAGGAUCCAUCCCGCAAGAGAUAAGUAAGCUUGAAAGUUUAGAGCGUUUAGAUAUCUCCAAUAAUUCCUUAUCAGGUUACUUCUCUUUUUCCACCCUAUCAAAUAUUUCCCACCUAGACAUUGUGAGCCUUUCGCAUAACAGAGGGUUGGUCAUUUUGCAAGGAAGUGAAUUCGACCCAUCUUUCCAAAUUUCGGAACUCCGAUUAUCGUAUUGCGAUAUGAGCAAAUUUGACCUUAGUACAUCCUUUCUUUCCACUCAGCAAUCUUUGGUAAAUGUCUAUUUCUCGUAUUCUAAAUUGUUAGGGAGUAUCCCAUCAUGGCUGCUACGACUUACAGGUGGGACAUUGGUUAUGGAUGGGAAUAUGCUCAGUGGACCACUUGUUUCACCUCAGGCUCCUGCUGGCCUUUAUAAUUUGGACAUCUCAUAUAACAAUUAUAGUGGAGAAAUGCCAAAGGAUUUCUUAAAGUCACUCCCUCAGUUGGGGUCACUGGAUAUUUCACACAACUUUCUAACCGGUGACAUCAGUUCUAUUUUAACUAGUUUCCCUAGACUCUCUUUUUUGGAUAUGUCGUUCAACAAGUUUUAUGGAAGAUUACCAUCGCAUAUGACUGGUGAUUUUUGGUCUCUAGACUUGUCAAACAACAAAAUAUCUGGAAAUCUACCUCCCAAUCUUACUCGCACAGAUACACUAGGAUAUCUGAAUUUGUCAAAUAACUCCUUAGACGGACCCUUGCUGUCGACGAACUUCAAUCUCACACGCAUACAGUCCAUACAUUUGGAUCACAAUGCAUUUCAUGGAACAAUACCUAAGAAUUUGCUUCUUUACAGCCCCCUUCUAAUGGUCAUGGACAUCGGAGCCAAUUAUAUGUCAGGUCUCAUCCCUAGAGAGAUUGCAGAAAUCACUAGUAUACAGGUCUUGAUCUUGAAAGAAAACCGGUUUGAAGGUAAUAUUCCUGAUGAAAUAUGUCGACUACAGCGACUUGCCAUUUUAGAUCUAUCAGAAAACAACUUUGAGGGAUCCAUACCUUCUUGCUUCCAUAAUAACUUUGCUUGGAUAAAUGGUAGCACAUCCUCUAGGGGGGAUCCAUUGCAUGUGGGUCAGGAAAGUGGAUAUGUUGAGGUGGUCAAUUUCAACAAGGGCAAUGAGUAUGGAUACAGUGGAAUAGUUCUCUCUGUUUUAACCGGAAUUGAUCUCUCCUUGAACCAUCUUAGCGGCCCCAUCCCAUUGGAAAUUGGCCUCUUAAAAGCACUUAUUGUAUUGAACAUCUCUAACAAUCAUCUCAAUGGGACGAUCCCGGACUCAUUUUCAGAGUUGUCUCAGAUUGAAGCUCUGGAUCUCUCGCAUAAUGGGCUCAAGGGCAGGAUACCAUCUGAAUUAGGUUCCCUCACCUUUUUAAGUCAAUUUUCAGUGGCAUAUAAUGAUUUAGAAGGUGCAGUUCCCUUUGUAAACAAUUUUAGAACCUUUGAAGAAAGUUCUUAUAGUGGAAAUCCUAAGCUCUGUGGUUAUACAGGGAAAGAGUGCUCUCAGCUCCCAAAGGGAGACGAGGAAGAUGAGGAGAAAAUUUCAAGAUGGGUUGGGGACAAGCCUGUACUCUAUGCUUGCAUUGCCACAGGGUUUAUAGUUGGCUUUUGGGGUGUACUUUGGUUUCUUUUUCUGAGCCAGAAGUGGAGGUUUGUAUGGUUUAAAGCCAUUGAUGGACUGAUUCAUCACGUUUUUUGGGGUCAUGAGUGACUUACUAAUGCUUCUUUUGCAUGUUGUAGUAGAGAUAUUUUUAACAUUUUAUUUUAUCAUAAAUAUUUUUUUCUUUUUA